UAGCGCCGCUGUAGCUCCGUCGUCUGGCAACAAGAGAGUUACUGUUUCGGGAGGGGAAAUGUGUUUUGAUAUCAAUGUAAUUUCGGUCUCGACCUUUGGGCCGAGCUGAUUACUGUUACCUUGCACACUUUCGCGCCUAAAGUCCUAACGCUGUCGAUCGCUGGAGUAUUCAACAGCUAGUGUCGGCCAUGCAGCAAGUAGCUUCGUGGGUAUACUGCGCGCACCGAGGAAUCCGUGCGAUAUGGCAUCGCCGGAGAGGGCCCGUCGGCCUAAUGUAAACAACUGACGUCCUGUCCUGUGAACUUCGGGUCGCAGCUGGAACUACAAAUCGCGCUUCUGAGGCUGCCCAUGGGUCGAAGUGCACAUGGCCAGUGACGUGAACAGUGAAUCUAGUGGGAGUGAUUCCGGCUCAACUCCGGAAGAAGAGCGGAUCCGACGACUCUUCCAGACUUGCGAUGGCAACGGGGACGGAUACAUCGACAGCCAAGACCUGUUGGCUGUGUGCCGUCAGCUGAACCUGGAGAACAGCGUUGCUGAGCUGAUGGAAGAGCUCGGAGCUGACGAAGAUGGGCGCAUCUCGUAUGCAGUGUUCCUUCGGAGCCGCAUGCAGCUUAUGGGCGAGAUCAAAGCCCUCACACAUCAGGAAGAGGAAAAAGCGCUGGAACAUUGUCCCACUACCUCAGCGCAGGCAUCGUGUUCCUGGAAGGCAGGAAGUGAUGCUAGUCAAGGAGCACUGUCCGAACGCCACGAAAGUUGGGAAUUCGACUCUGGCACCAGAGACUUGAGCCCCGAGCCUAACACACUACAGAGACUGAUCGAAGCUUCUGGGGGACCCAUACCCAGCAACACUACCGACCUGCUUGAACUAGCAAACAAGUUACACUUGGCUGCUCUAUCGUCGCUAAAAAAUGAGGUGUACGACCUCGCCGGUCGGCUGCAACAAGUGUCCCAGGAGAAAGAAGCGCUGGAGAGGAAGCUGAGCAAGCGGCAGCUGCAACGCAUGCAGGUUGCUCGGGACCAAGAAGAUCGGCUAGAGCAGCAGGCACAACGUUACGAGGAGCGCAUCACAGAGCUCCACAGUGUCAUUGCCGAACUCUCCAAGAAGCUUGACAUCCAGAGGGCUGCAGUGAUCAAGGAAGAGGAUGAGUACAGUCAGCAGUCAGGUGAUGAAUCAAGAAUCAGUGAUGUCCUGAGCCACUGCACGAGCAACGAGAACUUAGCUACAGAGUCCAUUAGCGACAAAGACAACGAAUCUCCACCAGAGUUUACUGACGUUAUUUCUGGAAAGUGCACUACCACAGAAGUUGUCAUGCCGGUGCAAGCUCACGAAGGAGAAGAUACCAGUAGUGGCCUUGGAGACAAUGAAAGCUUUGAUGAGAAGCCCCAGGGCUUUCGCAGCAGCAGUAGCAGCCAUGGAGUGCGUGGUGGUCAUGUGACGAGCGUGGAGCACCGUGCCACAUCAUGCCAGAGCCUACAGGCAUCCCAGAUGCAGGAGGAAAUGGCGGCUCUGCGUUCGCAGAAUGUGAGCCUUCAGGAGCGCCUGGCACGCCAGGAAGCAGACUUGCAGAGGGCAAGGGCCGCUACAGCUGCACUACGCGAGGAUAGGGAUCGCUUCCAGCGCAAGGUCCGAGACCUCCAGCAGCGCGUAGCCACGAGUCCCCAGAGUAGCUGUGGUCAGAUUCCAGGUGGAAGUGCAUCCCCACUGGCUGAGCAGGCGGCGCAGCCUGUGGCCAAGAUGGCUGAGCGUGUCCGAUUGCGCAAGACGGAACCCCCCGCUUCGCCGAGGCUUAUUCUUGGAUCAGAGAUGGCAAACCUAGGGAUUUCGAGCAGCAAGGUAGCUGAACAGCUUGUGCAACAGCUGCAAGAAGAGGCACACACCCAGGAAGCCAUUGCUGCCCAGCGGCUCUGCUCUUCGGGCUCUCCUCUUCCUGAGGGCCGCGUACGCGAAUUCGAAGUGGAGAUAGAGCGUCUAAGCAGCAAGGUGGAGCACCUCCGAUGUCAGAACGACCUCCUUCAAUUGGCAUUGGAGGAGAGCCGAGGCCAGUGCGACCGGCUCAGUGUGCUCCUCGGAAAGCACGAGUCAAACCAGACCGCCUUGCAACUGGCCCUGGCCUGUAGCGAUCGAGCUCUAGAGGCAUUCGAUGCAUUGCUGGCCUUGGCCGACACCGGCCGACCACUGGCAAACUACAGGGCAGCGUCUCCUUUGGAGGAAGAAGAGAUGAUGUGUCGUGCCCAAGAAGAGCGGCGGCUAGCCGAGGGUUUGGCCCGGCAAGUCCUUCACCGGCUCGACCGCCAUUGCGGGGGUGCCUUGGCAGUGACCCACCAGGGAUGUGUGGCAGCCAGCCCCUGGGAGGACCUUUCUUCACACAGCCACACAACCAGCACAACCAGUUCAACUUCCAGCAGUUGUGAUGGCGGCGAGCUGACCAAGAUCGAGGAGCAGCGCCUGCGUGAGCAUCUGGUGCAGCUGCGCGAAGAGCGUGCAGCGUUGAGAGCCACGCUGCUGGAGCUGGAAAGCGUGCACAUUGAACCGCGCGGUGCCACGACUCUCUUGGAUGCCCACAAACUUGACCUUGAGAAUGCCGUGCUCAUGCAAGAACUUAUGGCCAUCAAGGAGGAAAAGGCCGAGCUGAAGGCCCAGAAUUAUCUGCUGGAGAAGGAGAAGGCCGCGCUGGAACUCCGAGCUGGCAGUUGGGAGGCCAGAGAGCAAGCCUACCUGAUAUCCAUCGAGCACCUUAGGACACAGUUGGUGGACGCAAGGCCAUCUCAGCAGCCUCCAAUGAGACUGGCAAGCACCAACCCGGAGAUUCAGGAACUGGCUGAGUCCCAGAAGCGGGAGAAGAGCCUCAAGGCACGCAUCGAUGAGCUUGUUGCCACCCUGGAGAAGAUCACUAAGAAUGCAGAGCUUCGCUCUCGGCAGUCUGCAGAGUUCGUUGACGAUCUCAAGAGGGCUAACAGUGCCCUGGUGUCGGCAUUUGAAAAAGUCAAGAAGAAGAAUAUGGCCAAGCUCAGGAAAGUGGAACUGCAGAUGGCUGCCAUGUCAGAACGACAUAACUCACAGGUGCAAAUGUUGAAGCAGCGAAUAGCAAUGCUCGAAGGUUCCGGUCUGCGCCAUGCUUUGCCUCUCUCGGGAAGCGAGACAUCCCUUUAAGGUGGUGCAUGAAUGAAGUUCAGCUGGAUGAGUUGUUGUUAGCCAUUGAAGUAUUAUAGCUUCUUGUUUAGUGAACCAAAGUUAUUGUAGUAUUUGUAUUAGUCACGCAGUUCCUGUGUGUACUCAUAUCGUUGCCAAUGUACUAUAUAGGUAGUACUACGUAUAAUACCCAACGAAGUUCCUCUUUUUCCCCGUUUGUUUGCGGUUCUUUCAAGAAUGACUCUAGGCAUGUUACCAUGUAAAGUCGCAUAAGAAUAGGCGGAAACUGUACAGAAGUCACUGUCACGAGUGUGCACUUCUCCAGUGUAUAGAAUGUGGUCGUGACAUUAUGGUCGCGACAUUCCGAGCGGCUAGUGUCGGUAAUUGUGAAGGUCUACGGCAGACAUCUAGUAACUGCUGCUGUAUGCAAUCAAGAACCAUUUGCCCAAGAAGUGUGCUUGAUGUGUGGUCUAACCUCUGCUUUUGUUUGUUUUGUGGUGUGAAAAAGCUGUAGUGUGCCACUGUCAACCUCAGUGCACAGCUUUAUAGGGAGAAGUCGGCCACGUUAGAAGGAAAGCUCUGAACUAACUCCAGUUCUGAAGCUUUUGCUCGUUAGUGAAUGUCUGCUCAGUUUACUCCGGCACUAGCUCUUUCUGAUCCCGACUCAGAAACACUUGUCUACUACUACCUGCACACACUUAUGAGCAAUAUGGCAGGAAAUGCACGAAGCUGUGCUCAAGAGACCAUAGCAGGUAGACAUUUAUGCCAAAUGCACAAUGGCAAAGCUCCUUGGUACGUAUUACUAGUACUUUGUACGUAGCUGUUUCGUCAGCCACUAAGCAACAUCAACAUGUUGCAAGUGUAACUCUCGCUUAAACACAGCUUUGGCGUUCCCUCUCGUAUCACUCAUGCGUGUAUAUAUACAGCAUCCAUAUCAAAUGCUGCCUAUCUUGAAUCUGUUACGUAUUCAAUAUGAGUCUGUAUAUGUCAUGGAUCAGGCUGUGUUCACCUGUUGAAUCUGAUAGUAAGUAAUCAGCUACCUGUGGCAGUAAUCGUGGCAGCAAAAGGACAAAGACCCAACAUCAUUACAUGUAGUUACUGGCCAGCCAUGUUUGAUUGAGUAGAGCCCCAUCGAUAUUUUGUCUUUGUUUCUUGUUUUGGGGGGGAAAGUGAGCUUGUUCUUUAGGACCUAGUGAAGGUGCCUUUCAUAAAUACAGUUUGCUUGCAACGUGAUGUUAGAGAUGUCACGUGAGUUUCACUCGCAAUCUCGUGUAUUUUUGUUUUGCUGCAGCUGAAGACCAAAUGUUAAUUUUUACAUUAGUCUCAUAACAGAUUUACUGGUAGAAUCAAGUGGCAUUAUAUUCCCUUAUUAUCUACUUCACCGGAGUGUACAACAUCCUUCUUGGGGCAUCAUUCAACUGGCUUGACUCAGUGAGCGCCUUUAACAGCCAGGUACAAUUGCUUGUCUGUCGGUACAAGCAGUAGCGAAGCAUAAUGGCAUUUAAUGAAAUGUAUGUGCUUACAUUUGUACUUUUCCAAAGGCAUUUAACUGCAUUAAAUGCAGGAUAGUCAGGGUUUGCGAGGUGUUUAGUCCAACCCAAACCACAUUUCAAUUUUGCCACUGAAAAGUGGUCACUUAGUCAUCUGCCUCCACCUUCUUGUGUUCUGAUGAUAUGGGACCAGCCUUCAUUGAAUCUCACAGCUGCUUAGAGCAAUCAGUAUCCUGAAACAACAUUCAAAGAAGGAAGCUGUGAGGCUGUGCCUUGUUAAAGGCUGAUAAUUUACCCAACGUACCUAGUCAUUAGGACAGCAUGUUACAGCUACCUAAUAGUACCCCAGUCCCACUGGGCACAUUCAAUUUCGAUUGAGCCCAAUCUGAAUCGAAAUUCUUAAAUAUGAUUGGGUUCUUUGCCGAAGGUGUGAAAGGAAGCCAAUUACGACUUGUCUUGAUUUCAAUAACUGCCCUCAUUUGGCCAGGAUAUAACUUACUUUACUCAGCUUUGCCUAGUGCUUUUCCUUUCUAACUCUCCAUAGCAUUAAAGCUCGAUAAGUGACCAGCAAGAUGCUAGAUGUGCCAGCAUAUGAUGAGGUAAAAAAACAUCCAGUAAUUUAGCGAUUUCAUGAAAUGUGUUCAGUGAAUGUGCUCCUGGGAUUUACCUACAUCUUGCAUUUCUUUACCACAGGAGUGAAGGGACUUCCCAGUGUUUUCAUAAGCUGUCCUGGUUCUCGCAUGCAUUUUGUGCUCACACAUGUUGACGAGAAAAUUUUUUUUCUUACUUGUUUACUGUCUAGGGGCAUCGAACUAUUUUUGAAUUUAGAAGCCUAGGUCUAUACAACCAGUGGCAAGUAGCCUAAAUCAUAGAUGAAACCUGGUGUAUCGUAUUUGCAAUGGACACGGUAACACAGUUAUUGGUGCAAAUACAGCUCAAGAUCUUUCUUGUGCACAUAUAAGCAGCCUGAGAAAGUUCUUAGUAUCAUAUCUGUAAUAGUGCUUUAAAUUUAAUGCAACAUCCCUUUACUCACCUCCCUACCUACAGUUUUGUGCUGUCAAUGCAAUGUGCUUGGCAGCUCUGUGACCAAGCAUUGCGGGAAGGCAAACUACAGGGUAGCAUGAGGUUUCGAUCUGCAGCUAGCGAGAACAUAUCAAAGGGGAACAGCGAAAUGUGGUCCAACUACAGUGAGGAAGCACAUCAGUGGACUUUAUGACCAAUGGCCCUGCCCUAAGAGUGACACCUGUCUAUGUGGCCUCCCUAAAGGAAUGGCAACGGUGGUUCCGUGAGAAUAUCACUCAUCAAUGCAAUACAUUGAUGCUCAUAUAACAUCGCAUAACAGCGUGGCUGGAAAACUGUCAUCGCAAGGCAUGCAUAGUGCUGGCAUGCACUGCAAUAAUGCUCGCUACAUUAUGCUAAAGAAGUUAUAAGUCGGCAACUAUGGUUUCACUGCACACAAUUAGUUGGUAUCAAAAUACUAAAUGUUUUCUUUACUAUAGUUAGAUACUGCAGCUAUUCGUAGUUUUUAAAGGUGAACUGGCGUGAGCUCACUAUCUCUUCACUUAAAUGAACUUCCGUGAGCUUUACGCAUUAAAAAAAAAAACUUGCAAGUGUCCUAAAUAACUUAACAUGAUAGCUUUUACACAGCCAGUUUUGGUAUUGCUUGUGUCAUGACAUUGUAGACAGGUGCCAAGCAUAGCAACGUUUUAACACUCGCUCUGCCUCGCCUACUUAACUGCUUUGCUGCUAAACAGGUGCCAUCAUGGAGGUGACCAAGUAAACUGUAGGUAGUGUCGAAACAUUACAGCGUCCCAGCUCCCACAGAACCAUCUUCUGUGUCAUGGCAUCAUGAUACAGUAGCUUUCUAGGAACAUAAACUGGCUGUACAAAAGUUAUAUUAAAUUACUUAGAAACGACAGGAAGUGGAAGAUGGAAGCUUGCGAUGAAAAAAUCCAUAAAAAGUGGGUGGGUGCUCGAGCCAGC